AUGCCAACUGGGUGGAGAUUCUGUCCAGAAGAUCAUGAACUCAUCAGAGAUUAUCUUUACAAUAAAGUCAUCCAACAACAAUUACCUUUCGAAGGCUUAAUCGCAGAGUGUGAUCUUUAUGGAAAUGAGAAUCCCUGGGAAAUCUGGGAAUGUUUCAGUGAAUAUGUGGUUAAAUCAGUUCACUAUGAAGAUCUGUACGUAUUCACAAAAUUGAAGAGAAAGAAUGCUGGAGCUAAGAACGUAGAGAGGAAGGUAGGAUUAGGGUCUUGGGAAGGAGAAGCUAUUGCCAAAGAGAUCAUAAUCAACAAUUCUAAUAAUAUGAAUCAAAGUGUGGUUAUUGGAUUCAUGAAGAGGUUUCGGUUUGAGAAAAGUGGAACUCAUCAAGAUGGAAAAUGGAUCAUGCACGAAUAUUCUCUUCAUCCAUCCCUCUUUCCUUCUAAUUACCUCCAUGUGAGUCUUUUCUCAUUCAAAGUUUCAUUCUCUUAA